CACAGUUGACGGCUAACGGAGCUACCUUCCUCCGGGUAGAGCUCUAGAGACCCACUUAAUCUGAAGCUCGGGCUCUGGACGUACUGCGGUAAGUACUGUAGAGGCGUAGGUAAGCAGUCGACGUUGCGAGAGUGGAGCGGCAACAUCCGCGCGACUCAAUAAUUUUCGUGGAUCACGGAUUGGCCGCGCUGAGUCGAAAAUCGCUAGUCGAAAUCAGGUACCUUUUUUCAAUUCCUACGACCGCCCGACGCCUCGAUAUACCUCAAUCGACGGCACACGAUACGAUUUCGGCAACUUGUACACAUACAGAGCAGCCAUGUCUCUGCGGCCGAGCCUACAGACCGCCUGUCGAGCGCUUGCGCUGCGCUCCCGACCCCUGGCCCAUCGACAGGAACCUCUGGUCUGGGCGGCGACGAAACGAGCAUACUCUGACGAGCUGCGCAAGGGCGAACGGAGUCAGAUUCCAGCGUUGAAGAAGACAGAGAAUGCGGCUUUCCCUCAGGGUCAGGAAGUCCCCGAAUCCGCGCCGGGACAACAGCAGCCAACAAAUGAGGCCCUUGAAGCUGCCGCGGCACUGAGCGAGCUCGCGGAGGCGGCAAAGGGACAUAGCGCCGGUCUUGAGGGCGGCCUGACGGAGGCCCAGGAGCAGUUUCUGUAUGCUGAGGGCGCCAUCCCACCUACACAAUCGGACGGCAACGGCCAGCGCGAUCUCGAGAUCAUAGCCAGCGGUGGACUGCUCGCGCAGGCCGGGGAUGCCGAGGUCGCUCCGUCACAGUCGUACAAGUUCCCGCUGCCUACGCUCCCUCUGCCGCCUCAUAGCCACCUCAAGUCCCGGUACCACCCAGUGCUAGACCAAUUGACCAACCUGAUGAUGCGAGAUGGCAAGAAGGCCCAGGCGCAAAGAAAUAUGGCCAUGGUCCUCAACUUCCUGCGAACCUCCCCUCCCCCGAUCAUCAACCCGCGAUACCCGCUCCUCCCCGGCGCCCCGCCGCCGGCUCACCUCCCCCUGAACCCCGUGCUAUACCUCACACUGGCCGUGGACUCUGUCGCGCCUCUCAUCAAGAUCCGCCGCAUCGCGGGCGGAGCCGGUGGUGGUAGACCCUUGGAACUCCCGGCCCCGCUGGCAGUCCGCCAGAGACGGCGCGCGGCGUUCCAGUGGAUCCUGGACGUUGUCAACAAGAAGGCGUCUAAGGGGUCCGGCCGGACGCAGUUUGCGCACCGCGUGGCGGACGAGCUGAUUGCCGUCACCGAGGGGCGGUCGGGCGUGUGGGAGAAGCGGUUGGCGCUGCACAAGUUGGGUACGGCGACGCGUGCCAACUUGACCGCCAAGGUUGUCAAGCAGAAUAUGUAGAGUGGGUGGUGAAGAAUUUGUACGAAGAUGGAAGGGGGGGAAAAGACGUUGAGAGAUUUGUAGCAAAGCUGUAUAUUGUACUAUAUCAUCCUGCCAAUGUAAGUGCUCAAGAGGAGCCUUUCUGCCAAAAUGACA